AUGGCGGAUUCGGAUAACGAAUCAGGAGGUCACAACGCCGGCGGCGAGUUAUCGGCGAGGGAGCAGGACAGGUUCCUGCCGAUUGCAAACGUGAGCCGGAUCAUGAAGAAAGCGUUACCGGCAAACGCGAAGAUCUCGAAGGAUGCAAAGGAAACGGUGCAGGAGUGCGUAUCGGAGUUCAUCAGUUUCAUCACCGGGGAAGCAUCCGACAAGUGCCAAAGAGAGAAGAGGAAGACAAUCAACGGCGACGACUUGCUGUGGGCGAUGACGACGUUAGGGUUUGAAGAGUACGUGGAGCCUCUGAAGGUGUAUUUGGCAAAGUACAGGGAGAUAGAAGGGGAGAAGACGACGUUGGGAAGACAAGGCGAGAAGGAUGGGUCAUCUGGAGGUGGUGGUGAUGCGGCUGCUGGCGGUGGAGGGAGUGGUGGCGGUGUAAAUUCGGGUGGGUAUAAUGACGGCGGUGGAGGGAUGUAUGGAGGGAUGCAGAACAACAUGAUGAUGGGUCGCCACCACCACCAGAUGUACAAUUCGGGUUCUUAUCAUCAUCAAAUGGGUAUGGGGGUAGGGAGUCCAAAGGGCAGUUUGGGCAGAUCGGGCAGCAUCGGUGGUGGAGGUGGUGGAGCUUCCACUACGAAGCCUAGGUAG